AUGUCAGAAGGUGAGCCAAUCAAAUGUCUGGCAGCUGUUGCCUACGAAGCUGGUAAACCAUUAACGUUAGAAGAGAUUAUCGUCGAGCCACCAAAAGCGCAUGAGGUUCGUAUCCAGAUAAAAUAUACUGCUGUUUGCCAUACGGAUGCCUAUACCUUGUCGGGUGUUGACCCUGAAGGUGCAUUUCCAUCUGUUCUUGGCCACGAGGGCGCAGGUAUAGUUGAGUCAGUCGGGAAAGAUGUGACAAACGUCAAGGUAGGGGACCAUGUCAUUGCAUUAUAUACAGCAGAAUGCAAGGUAUGCAAGUUUUGCAAAUCCGGAAAGACUAAUCUAUGUGGGUCCGUUAGAGCCACGCAAGGCAAGGGAGUGAUGCCGGAUGGGACAUCAAGGUUUAAAAAUCUCAAGGGUGAAGCGUUGCUGCAUUUCAUGGGAUGCUCCACUUUCUCGCAGUACACUGUAGUUGCAGAUGUGUCAGUGGUUGCCAUUGACCCUUCAGCUCCCCUGGAGAGCGUUUGCUUGUUGGGAUGUGGGGUCACCACGGGUUACGGUGCUGCUACGAAGACGGCUAAUGUGCAAAAAGGUGAGACCGUUGCUGUAUUCGGUGGAGGCACCGUUGGUCUAUCUGCUAUUCAGGGUGCUAAAGCUAGGGGUGCAUCGAAGAUAAUUCUGAUCGACACGAAUGACGAAAAGAAGCAGUUUGGUGAAGAGUUCGGCUGCACUGACUUUAUCAAUCCAAAAAAGGACCUAGCCCCGGGCCAGACAAUCGUAGAAAAAUUGGUAGAAAUGACGGAUGGUGGGCUAGACUACACUUUCGACUGCACUGGUAACACAAAAGUCAUGAGAGACGCGCUGGAAGCCUGCCACAAGGGAUGGGGUGAAUCGAUCAUUAUUGGUGUCGCUGCUGCAGGUGCGGAGAUUUCAACAAGACCAUUCCAGCUGGUCACCGGUAGGGUAUGGAAGGGAUCUGCAUUUGGCGGUAUCAAAGGAAGAUCUGAAAUGGGCCAAUUAAUAAAGGCUUACCAAGAUGGAACUUUGAAAGUUGAUGAAUUUAUCACCCACAAGAGACCUUUUACUGAGAUCAACAAAGCUUUUGAUGAUCUCCAUGCAGGUAGCUGUUUAAGAACCGUGCUUGACUUGUCCAAAUGA